CAGGAGCUCAGACGGAGCGCAAUGGUCUGCUGCAGAGACGCUGCAAAAUGCUGGAUGGACGAGUCGCCGUGCGGGCAUGGAGCACUCUCACUCUCAUAGCGGCACUGUGCAGCCUCCCGCCCCCGUCCCACGCCUACUUCGGGCUGACGGGAAAUGAGCCACUGUCCAUCCUACCUCUGAGCUUCCAGCCUGAGGACGGACCAGCGAGGGCACACUAUAAACUCUGCGACCGUCUCAAAUUGGAAAAGAAGCAGCGCAGGAUGUGCAGACGAGACCCGGGUGUGGCCGAGACGCUCAUGGAGGCCAUCAGCCUCAGCGCCCUUGAGUGUCAAUACCAGUUCCGUUUUGAGAGGUGGAACUGCACAUUAGAGGGGCGCUACAGAGCAAACAUUUUAAAAAGAGGUUUUAAAGAGACAGCGUUCCUCUAUGCAAUCUCCUCAGCCGGUUUGACCCAUGCCAUGGCUAAGGCAUGCAGCGCGGGACGAAUGGAACGCUGCACCUGUGACGAGGCUCCUGACCUGGAGAACCGAAAGGCCUGGCAGUGGGGUGGCUGUGGAGACAACCUCAAAUAUAGCAACAAGUUUGUCAAGGACUUUUUGGGCAAGAGGUCCAACAAGGACCUGCGUGCCCGUGUCGACAUGCACAACAGCCACGUUGGCAUGAAGGGGCAUAUUGGCAACAUCCUCAGGAUGUCUUCAAGACUUUAUACUGUCAUUAAGGCUGGCGUGGACACGACCUGUAAGUGCCAUGGCGUGUCCGGCUCGUGUACGGUGCAGACGUGUUGGCGUCAGCUAGCACCGUUCCACAAGAUCGGCAUGGUGCUGAAGCAGCGCUAUGAGGCGGCGCUCAAGGUGGCCAGUGCCACUAACCAGGCAAAAGGAGAAGGCGAGCCAGCCCACGCACCACCCCGCGCCCGAGCCGAGCCUUUCUCACGCACCUCUGACCUGCUGCACAUUGAGGACUCGCCCAACUUUUGUCAGGCCAGCAUGUACUCAGCGGGGACAGCAGCACGCAAGUGCCACAAGGACAAGAACUGCGACGCCAUCUGCUGUGGACGUGGCCACAACACGCAGAGCCGUGUGCUAACCCGGCCGUGCCAAUGCCAGGUGCGCUGGUGCUGCUACGUCGAGUGCAAGCAGUGCACGCAGAAAGAGGAGGUCUAUACGUGCAAGGGGUAAAAACAAAUACCCCUCACUAACAAUCCCGCAUGGACAACGAGGGUUUCUGAGCCUGACUGGAAAAAAGUGACGGAUGCUCGUACACUUUGGGACCAAAAUGGAGGGAGUGUAACUUUUUUUUUUUUUUUUUUUGGAGAAAAUUAUUUACAGUUGUGAUGUUUUUUGUUGCUUUGACGCUCCGGAAACCUUCAGAAAAUCAACCAGGAGAGAAAAAGUGGUCCAUAUCUAAUAAGUGUGUGAGAGAGAGAGUUUUUAUGUGUGUGUGUGUGUGUGUGAGUGUGUUUGCAUGCUAGCAUUAUAAAAUAAGGAAAAAAAAAAACCUACCGACAGGGGUGUGAGAUUUGUUCGAGUAGCACAUACCUUCCUCACCCAUGCUACAGUGUGUAUAUGCACCGUGUACAUAGCAGAAAGUGUAUUAUAGUUAUUAUAUAUAUAUAUAUAUAUAUAUAUAUAUAUAUAUAUAUAUAUACAGAGAUAGAGAUAUAUAGAUUUAUAUAUUCGCACCACUUAUCAUAAAUAUGUAAGAAACAGUUAUAACCACUAGGCACGUCAAAAUGCUGUUGUUCACUUCAGCGUGGAACAAGAAGCGAAACAGUGACAGGGCUUCAGGGGACUGAUGAGAUUGGUUUCCUCACACCGUCACUUCCAUAUAAACAUAUUAAUCCUUUACGAAUAAACCCUACACGUUUCCCUUUACGCUACGUGUACGCGACCUGGCUGCAGUGUGAGCUAAAACACUAGAUAGCUUCAGCAAAAACUUCUCAACAUCGUUAGCUUUAAGGUUAAUGUAAAAGAGUAGACUGGACAAUUUCAUUUGUGCCCAAAUGAUCACUUUAAAUAAUCGUUUGAUUCAGGGAAUCUUCUGUAGAACCACUAAUCAUGUCAUCCAUCCCAGGGGUUUCACACACACACACACACACACACACACACACAUCGAGGCGAUGUCCCAAACGCUGGUGCGCACUCAACCACCUCUGUUUCAUUCACACUUCAGUGUAGCGACUGUGUUACAACUAGCCAGCACUAGUAAAGACUUAGCUAACAUGUCAUAGCACUAGUAAUGACUUUAAGCAGCUUCUGAGACA